AUGUCCUUCAUGGAGGAGGUUUCGGACGUUAGUGAAUCAAGUAACUACGACGAAUGGAUCUCUAGUUUUUGCUCUCGUUUUGGACACGAAUUCUUCUGCCAGGUUCCUACUGACUUCAUUGAAGAUGACUUUAAUCUUACUGGGCUAUCUCAGGAGAUUCCACAUUAUCGGAGGGCGCUUGAUUUAAUAUUAGAUCUGGUGUCUUUAUCAGAUGAGGAAGAGGAAAGCAUGGGGGGGGAUGCUACUAGAACAGCGGCGCUGACGAGUAAUGGAGGGACUGAUCAAAACAAUGGCAAUGGUAGGAGAACGCCACCCACUAAUCAAGAUGGGCAGACUGUGAAUAAGUCUAUUAUUGAGCAUUGUGCGGAGCAACUAUAUGGGUUAAUUCACGCGCGCUAUAUUCUGACAAAACAAGGCUUACAGGCCAUGGCAGAGAAGUUCGAUCACAAGGAGUUUGGUACAUGUCCCAGGUAUUACUGUGGAGGAAUGCAAUUGCUUCCCUGUGGUUUGAGUGAUACGGUUGGUAAGAACACCGUGAGGUUGUAUUGUGCUUCCUGUCAGGACUUGUAUCUACCACAUUCAAGCCGGCAUUUAUGUCUUGAAGGUGCAUUCUGGGGCACAAGUUUCCCAGGUGUGUUUCUGAAACAUUUUAAGGAGCUAGAAGACUAUGUUGAGCAGAAGAACAAGAACGUUUACCGUCUGAGGAUAUUUGGAUUUGCAUUGGCCAAAGAAUCCAUAUCUGGCCCCAGGAUGGAAUGGCUGAGACAAUAUCCUUCCACAGAAGCCGAGUGGGAGGAGUUUGUAAAAUGCGAGUACGAGAUUCUGAAGUUAAAGGAUCUAGAAUGA